AUGGCGCAGCUCUCUCCUGGUCAACAGGGGCAGAAGUUGCAUGUCCCCUGCCAGGGCUAUACCAUUUUCCCAGAGAGUGGCAUCAUGUACUGGCUGGCUAAUAGCACUUUUGUGGAUAAGCUGUACCCAGAUGGAUCAGUGGAGGAGGCGGCCACCGUGGAGAAAGACAGAGAGCUGACCCGGGAGCUUUUCUUCCACUCCUUCACAGAGCAGGACUUCCACACAAAAUUCGAGUGCAUCAUCCUCGACCCAUCAGGCGUAGUCCGGAAGGCCAUAAAGUGGGACCAUCAAGAUCCAAAAAUGGGUGGAAACAGAGCACUGCUGGACUAGCGAGAGGAGCGCAGGAACACAGCGGUCCAGACUGUCUUCGCGUGCCAGAGAACUCGCAGGGCCUGGAAAGUGAAAACCAGCUGCAACCCCCCUCCCCCCGCAUUUCGUGGCUCCCUGGGGACAAGAGGCUAAAGGUCAGAAGUGGACGCAGAAGGACGGAAGGACAGUCACUUUGGCUUCGCUGGGCCCUUUCAAGCAUCUUUCUUUCUCCCGCCCUCCAACUGCUCCAUCGGCUGAAGACCUUGCCGAGAGUGGGGAAUAUGCUGGUCUAAUAAAGACGGACUCCAUUGGAAGACUGGGGGAUAACGUCCCCAGAAGGAAAGAGAAAAACCAGACCACCUGAUGAGUGAAGAUGCUGCUUUGAGGAUUUUAAACAGCCGUUCUCCCCAUACAACGCAGAGCUUCUCUGCAUCAAACCAAAGGCUUCCCCACUCCAUUUCCCCCCACUGACUCGUGCAUUUGCAGCAUCACUGGAAAAACAGGGGAGUGGGGCGAGGGCGUCCUCAAACUGAGCUGACGAGAUUCCUGGAAACACUGCACAAGUCUAUCUUGGAACUCUUGCUCUGGCUUUUGUGAAGCCUGGUUUAAUCCCCCUCCCCAAAGGGUCUGGCUUUUGUUUGACUCGCAUCCCGUUUUGGUGCAAAGGAGGAAAGUUACGAACACUUGAAAAGCCCGGGUUGUAAAGGAGAAAGUUCUCUAUCACUCUCUGUAAAUGUUUUGUCUCCUCCUGAUGCUUAAUUUCCCUGCCGCGUUUAUACCAUCUGAUUAAAAAACAGAAAUCUACGUGCCGUUUGUUUUUUUCCAUGCUAAUAAGAGGGGGGUGGAGCUAGUUCUCCCAAAUGAUGGUUCAAACUGGGAACAAGCUGGGAUACGCCACCUCCCUCCCAGCAGCUUGAACAACUUCCUGAGCAGAGGCGUCUCUGCAGCCCUUCCCCAGCUCUUGUGUGCACAUCGGCACCACUCUGAGCGGUCGUGCUGGGGCCAGGGAG